AUGGCGACGGCUAUGGGUCUCUUGACGCUCGAGACUCUCCUCGUGCAGCGAGUUACUUUGGCGUCAAGGCUCGAGGCCAGGCCCAUCGCGACUUCAAGCGCACCACAUUCGCCGUUUAACGUCGGCAAAGUCCACGUCAUCACGCUGGCGGACGAUCCUACGCGCACGGCGAUCUGCCCACUGGCGGCGUCCGUGUACAGCCAAGGCUUGGUGCUCGGCGUGCUCGGGUGGAACUACAGCGACCACUUCUUCGAUGGCACGUCGUGCGGCCCGCCGUGCCAAGCCAAUCGCGGCAAGGACAUUCGGAUCGGGCAGCAAAAGAAGCUGCAUUGGCUCCACCACUACUUUGAGCACCACCCCAAUCUGCACGACGACGACCUCGUGCUCUUCACCGAUGCAUGGGACGUCAUUGUGAAUGGCGACACGGCGACGCUCGCGAGCAUCUUUCUCAAGCAGACGCGCGGCCAGCGCGGCGUCAUCUUCAACGGCGAGCCGUCGUGCGGCGACUCGUUCGGGAUCGCUAACCCGUACGGCGACAAGCUCCGCAGCAAGCGCUGGCCGAUCCGCUUGGAGCGCAGCCAAAACGUGCGCUACGCGAGCGGCCACGAUAUGUGCUACGCG